UAUCGUUGGUGGCAAAGUUUCCUGACUGGCAUGCUCGAGUAAACACUGACGGUCUGGUCAAAUCUUGUCCGUGCUUGAGAGAAGAGCCCCUCACCAUGUCCAGCCGCUCGGACCUGGUGCGGUAGUUCUGAGAAUGAACAGGUCGACGCUCCCGCUGCUCGUUUCCGCUGCAAACAGCCUCAAAGCGGCGGACUAGUCGGACAGGUUUGGACCUUCUGCCUUUGUUCAACUUCCAGGCGAUGCAGGCAGGUUACCAUGAAGGGUGUCACAACAGCAGCGCUUCUGCACCUGUGCUUCCAUGUGACAGUGGCAGUUUCAGGUGAACGCUCCGCCACCUUUACAGUAGCACCUGGCGAGCUCGUGCAACUUCCGUGUAGCACCGACGGCGGUGUGACGCCGAGCUUCACCAGGUGGACGAAAAAUGGACGAGAACUCAUCAGCCGCAACCACACGGCAGGUGACCCGAGCGCCUCACCUGGAGCGCGCCUCACAGUCCUGGCCAAUGGGAGUCUGAACAUCCAGGAGGUGGCUGCAGGUGAUGAGGGGACGUACACCUGCAACGCCACGCUCCAGAACAACACCAUUCAAUCAAGUGUCCAACUUCAAGUACUCAUUGCUCCGGAGAGGCACCCUGAGUGCCAGUGGCAGCCAGCGGAGGACCCGUCCCACGUCUGGUUCAACUGCUCCUGGUUCGGGGCCUAUCCUACCCCCACGCUGACCUGGGGGGAAAACCACCACGGCCAAGGGACUACACUGAUAUCACAUCUCUAUGCGACCAAUGUAACCGACUACCUGGAGGUGAAGAUGAACCGGUCGCAGCUGUUCGACGGACAGACGAUGAAAUGCGUGGCUGAACACCCGGCGCUCGGUUCAGGAGGAGAAAAGACGUGUUCGCUCACCCUCAAGAUGCCGUUCCCUGACGGUGAGCCGCUGGUCACCGCCAUGGAGGCAACCAAUGUGACGCUGAUCUGCUCUGAGACCAGCUCUCUGCCCCCCGCCAACACCGUGUGGAAGAGGGGAAUCCAGCAGGAAGACAUUGUGUCCGGACAGAAGUACGUCCUGUCUCAGGAGGGACCCGUCUUCCGGCUGACCAUAGUCAACGUCAGCAAGGACGACGAGGGCGCCUACUUCUGCCGCAGUGAGAACCCGCUCGGCGUCCGCGAGCUGGAGGUCUACCUCACUGUGAAGACCUCCAACGCCUACACAGGAGCUAUCAUCGGUGUGUUCAUCGCUGUGCUGAUAGUGGGAUCAGCUGUCAUCAUCGCCAACCUGGUGUACUCCAACCGCCACCGCGUGUGCCUCGGAAAUGGCUUUGGCCAAAUGCAGGAGGACAGAGGAGACGUGCUGAGCCUGGUGGAGUCGGACGAUGAGCAGAUCUUUCAGGACGCCGUGCCCCGCCUGCCACCGGUCACCAACGGCAACCACACAACCUUCGUCCAGAUACACCGCAUCCCGUCUAGUGAACAGGACGAUUCAGAAACCGCUGACCCGAGUCCACAGCAGCAAGAAGACACUGUACAGACAGAGGAACCGGCGGAUCUUGUGACAUUUUAGCUAUUGGGUGUUUUUUUUUUUUAGAUGUUCAAUGUUCAAUGUUUUAUAGGUAAAUGUCAUUUACUCCCAAUGAGACUGUGAACAGAAAUGGUGGAAGACAUAAAAAACCUUUUAUGUUUUUAAUUUCACUGUCUUUUUUUGGAUUGUUCAUUGUUUGUUCAUUGAAAAAAAAAAAAAGUUUUGUACGUUCAUCUCUGUGAUUGAUACUAUUUGAUUGUCCACCAGUUUGACUGUGUUGUACUAAUGAUGAAGUUUAUAAAUGACAUUGGUUUAAAAAAAAAAAAAAA